UUAGUGGAAUAUGAUACUUGUUUUUUAUAUUGAUUUAUAAAUAAAAUAAGAGUGAAGUGAUUUAGUGGGAUGUAGGACUUAUUUACAGUAUUUUCAGAAUUUUUACUAUAAAAAUAAAAUUUAUAGUAAUACUAGUUACUACUUAAUAAAUAAAAAUAAUAACAAUAUGGAAAAAAUUGAAAGUUAGAAUUUGCAUGGAGCAAGACAGACAUCGAACUAGAGUACUGGAGUUAUAUAAAUGGAAGAGAUAAAGAAGUAAAUAUAUGCAGUUGAAAAUCGGCAAUGGCAGCAGCAGAGUCAUCGUGUUCACACUGGUGGCACGCCCCUUUCUACCUUGCCAUGUGUUGCACCCUCGCUUUUAUGGCCAUCUCCACCGCUAGAUACCCCUCCAGCAACCCCCUCCCCCCUCCCCACGCCCUCGCCCUCGCCCUCGCCCUCAACGCCUCCCUCGCCCUCCGCCUCCACGGCGGCUUCCAUAUCACCGCCACCCUCCUCCGAAUCUCUCCGGAGCUCUUCCUCUCCUCUCCCCACACCACCCUCUUCGCCAUCCAAGACUCCGCCAUCUCCCUCCUCUCCCUCCCGCCCUCCACCAUGCGCCACCUCCUCCGCUACCACGCCGUCCCCGCCACCCUCCCCAUGUCCGUCCUCCUCAAGAAACCCCCCGGUUUCUGCCUCCAAACCCUCGCCGCCGACGACACCCUCGCCAUCACCAACUCCACCAAUUACACCUCCCUCACCAUCAACCACGUCUUGGUCUCCCACCCUGACAUGUUCCUCCACGGCCCCCUCGCCGUCCACGGCGUCUCCGCGCCCUUCGAAGCCGCGGCGGCGUGCCGCGCCUUAUCCACCGCUCUCGCCGGGAAAGGGGCGGUGGAGUGGAAAGGGAUAAUUAGGGUUUUGAGCUCCAACGGAUUUGUUUCAUUCGCGAUCGGAUUGAAGGCGGUUGUGGAUGGGAUUCUUAGAGAUUACGCGAAUCUUUCCUCCGUCACCGUGCUUGCGGCGGGGGAUUUUGAGUUUCUGUCCUCGCCGUCGCCGUUCUUGGAUAGAGUCGUGAGACUUCACAUUCUGCGACAGAGAUAUAGUUAUGUGGAGUUGAGGGCGGUGGGGAAUUCAUCGCUCACAACAUUGCUUCCUGCCUCUCAUCUCCAGAUUGCUAAUAUGUCUCCAAAUUUGGCUGUUAAUGGAGUCCAGAUUACUAGGCCUGACGUCUUCUCCUCCAACAACUUCGUCCUUCAUGGAAUUUCAAGGAGUCUUUAUUUGGACGAUUUCUUUCACUAAUUCGUUCCUUUUUUCAUUUUUUAAAAAUAAUUUUUGCUCUUCUUUGUACAUUGUGAAGACACAAAUGUAGAUACGGAGAUUGCAGGUUUUGGCUUGUUAUUCAUUUCAUU